CACAGCCCACCUAGUGUGAAGUGGUUACUGGAGACCAUAGACAUUUACAACGUAAAUGCGCCACCCACCUUGAGAUAUAAGUUCUAAGGUCUCAAGUAUAGUUACAACGGCUGCCUCACUCUUCAAACCGAAACGCAUUACUGCUUCACGGCAAAAAUAGGCGGGGUGGUGUUACCUACCCGCGCGGACUCACAAGUGGUCCCACCACCAGUAAUUACGCUAAUUAUAAUUUUGCGGGUUUGAUUUUUAUUACACGAUGUUAUUCCUUCAUUAUGGAAGUCAAUCGCGAACAUUUGUUGAGUACGUACGUACGUACGUACGUACGUAUUUCAUUAGAAAAAUUGGUACCCGCCUGCGGGAUUCGAACACCGGUGCAUCGCUUCAACACGAAUGCACCGGACUUCUUAUCCUUUAGCUACGCUUAGCUUUUAAUUAAUGCCUGAUUUAUUAGUUAAACAUAACCACUACAAAAACGGAUAAUUUACAAUACCAAAGUCAAGGCAAUUCUCAAAGUCAUCUUGCCCUUGGUUUAUUGAAAGAGUUAAUCGCAGAAUCGUGAUUUGAAGAGCCAAGUAUUGUCCAUUAUAAAACAAGAUACAUGUAAACUGAUUCACAUUCAAAUUAAACAGCAAAAAAUUAGAUGAACAACGACAAAACGAUAUAAAUAGGAUCAAGUAUCUUGUAGCAGUAUUCAGUCCAAUAGUCCAAUCAGCCCACGAUGUCAACGAUUCGCUGCUUGUUCCUCUUGAUCGCGUUGUCCGUUGGGGCAAUGGCAAUUAGAGAAGUUCGCUCACCAGGAGGAGGAGGCGGUUGGCACGGAAAUGGAGGUAAUGGGGGUGGGUCUCCGUUUGGCUCAGCACGAUCUUCAGGUGGGUGGGCCGGUAGCCGAUCAGGCUCUGGAGGUUACGGGGGAAGGUCUUCUGGUUGGAAUGGUCAGGGGGGUGGGUCGACAGGUUCGAGCUGGGGCGGUAGUGGUGGAAGCUUGGGUUACGGUGGUUCGAGUAACGGAUGGGGCGGUAGUUUUGGAUUGGAUUACUCUGGAUCAUCUGAUGGCUGGGACAGUGUCUCCUCACAUUCGCACAACGGUUGGCAAUCUUCAGGAUGGUGAACGAACACAAACUUGUAAAAAAAUGAAUUCUUGACUAGUGCUAGCGAAAUGUCAAAAUGUUUUUUUCUUAACUUUUUUUAACCUUUGUAAAUUUUAUAAUUUUGGUAUUUGUAUUUGUAUGUAAUGAAUAAAUUUUGGAAUGAAAUAUUGAA